UCCGGAGGCGUCUACAUCGCGCUCGGACACGCAACCCACACGAACACAAACGCAAACAAAUACGCACACACACAUACACACGAAAACACAAACAUACACACACACACGCACACACACACACAAACACACACUGGCGCGCGUUUAUGAGUCUUUUUGCGUACGCGUAAACGCGGCAGUGCACAUACGCCGUGCGACCGGCUCGCGUGACGGUCGCAAUUGCGUGAAUGUAGUGUGUGUAUGUGUGUAUGUAUGUAUAUGUAUGUAUAUGUGUGUGUGUGUGUGUUCGCGUGCUUGCAGGAAGUUCAAUACACAUAAACUGCAACCAUUAUUCGUGCCGAAAAAUUGAAUGCAAUCCGUUUCCAUCGAUCUCGCCGUACUGCAGCAGCGUUGAUAAUGAAAAAAGAGAGGAAAAAACACUGCAAGGACAAAAACAAGAAACCUCCCUCGGAUUCAUGUUCGCCCGGUUGCAGCAGUAUGGAUUGUAUGGGUCUACAGCAAAUCCCCUCGUCGCCGCCGCCAAGUUACGAACACAGCUUGCAGGAGCCGGGAAAAUCUUCCGAUUACGGUGGUCAUCAACAGCAGAUGGUCACGGACGAUGACACUUGCGCUGGAGGAAGUGGAGUGCAAACGUGCUCUGAAAUCGAAUGCCAGAGUAAUGGUUCGCCCGUAAGACAAGAAAUAUUUCAUAAGAGUAGCAAAGAGUUUUAUAAGGCGGUCGCUGCCCAAUUGGGUAUAACGUGCAAGAUGAGCGACCAUUGCAGGUGUCUAGAAUGCCAGAGUCGGUACUUCGAUUGCGAGUACGAUCAAGAGAACGAACAGGAGAAGACGGACGGUGGUCUCGGGGCCGGUACGCCAAUGUUCUUGUCAGAAGUCAUGCACGGGUCCACUUGCACGUUAAUUUAAUGCAUAUUUUUCACACGAUAGAUUUGUUAUUUUUUUAUGAAAUAUCUUGUCGUCAUGGCAAUUAUUAUUAUGUGUGUACCUACUAAUGACAGCCCAACGAUACUAUACAUAAUAUUAUAUAUUUAUAUUGUUUUGCGUAAUGACACAUGUUUGAUUACAUUGCCCAGGGCCUUACUAUUAUUAUAUUGUAUUAACGGACAUUUUAAACCAGGCUAUGAACAUUUUGCCGCAUAAAAAAAAAACCUCCACAAAGCCUGUCUUAUUUUUAAAGUUGACCUUCUUAUAUGUGUUCUUAAUUUUUUUAC